GGGUGGCGCAUUGGCCUAUCGCGAUAGCUGGGGGCAGAGGCACAGGCACAGGCGGAUCCCACUCAGAGCACGGCAACAAUGUCCUUUCUGUGCGGGGCGGCUGCGUUUUCUCUCCGUGCCUCCAGGUUUAUUGCAGUCAGAGCGUACAGCGCAGGUGGCCAGUACCAACAUCUACUUGUGGAGAAAAAGGGUGAGCAGCAGAACGUGGGCUUUAUCCAGCUGAAUCGGCCAAAGGCCUUGAAUGCGUUGUGUGAUGUACUGAUGAAGGAACUCAAUCAGGCACUGGACCUGUUUGAAGAUGACCCUACAGUUGGAGCCAUUGUCCUGACAGGAAGUGAAAAGGCAUUUGCAGGCAGUGCAGUUUUGUCCAGUUGAACUAAUAGAUGGUUCCGAAAAUAAAUGGCAUCAAAUUAAAAUGUGCACUUAAAAUGCUGGAGAAAGAUUGAGAAUGUAACGUUUGAACCUUUUGUUGUGUAGCUCGGAGGAGGCUGUGAGUUGGCCAUGAUGUGCGAUAUCAUAUACGCAGGAGAAAAGGCACAGUUUGGGCAACCAGAGAUACUGUUGGGAACCAUUCCUGGUGCUGGUGGAACACAGCGGUUAACUAAAGCAGUUGGGAAGUCACUCGCGAUGGAAAUGGUCCUCACUGGAGACAGGAUUUCUGCCCAGGAAGCAAAAGCAGCAGGACUCGUUAGUAAAGUAUAUCCAGUCGCUGAAGUGGUGGAAGAAGCCAUCAAAUGUGGAGAGAAAAUAGCGAGCAACUCGAAGCUUAUUACAGCAAUGGCGAAGGAAGCAGUCAAUGGUGCUUUUGAAUUGACAUUGGCAGAAGGAAACCGAUUGGAGAAACGCUUGUUCCACUCGACAUUUUGCACAAAUGAUCGGAAAGAAGGCAUGAGCGCAUUUGUUGAAAAGCGGAAGGCUAAUUUCACUGACCAGUGAUUGUGUUAAGUUCUGAAUUGCAAUGCGAACCAAAAUACUAACAUCACUUAGAAAGGUGGAAGUUAAUAUUCGAAAGCUGGAAGAUGAUAGAGCAAGAUUUGAAGUUUUCAAAAUGACGCACAAUAUUACAAUAACAGGUUCUGAUUCCAAAUAAAUAUUUUAUUUUAAUGCCUCAGCAUUUUCCUUUAUUUUUGUCAGGGUAACUGAGAGAGAAAUAUGAACAAUGUUUUUAAUCAUUAGUGAUAUCUUUAAAUCAACAGCCAUUCUGUUAUGACUUCCACUUUCCACAAAUCAUUUCAGCUGUUUUUUUCUUUUGUCAAGUAAUUUUACUUUAGCUCAUUUUAAAUGUUUUGUCACUGAAAAAGUAGAUGUAUCAAUGUGUUGUAGGGUUUGUGGAAAUACAUUUGUUACAGCAGCAGACUGCAGCUAACAGCCUCAGGUCAACUCUGGAUCAACUUGCAUUGCAUUGAAGUGCACCUGCGUGAUUAUACAAGGGGUGAGCAGUUACUUAAUGAGUGGAUUCUUUGUAAAAGGAUGCGUUUUUAAGUACUUGAGUAACAAGUAAUAAAAUAUUAAAAUAAAGGCAAUUUGCCCUUUGAGACUCUC